UGACCAGGACCUAGCAGGGAAAUACUGUAGAGUCACUUUUUGUUGUCUUGGUCAGCAAGUGUAGUUUGUUAGCAGUUGUGCUAACUUUAGACACUGCCAACACACGAGGGAUUAUGGCUCUUGGGUUUUGCUUUGGAUGGGCUUUGCUCCUCUCUGUGUGGUCAUGUGUGAAAUGUGAUCAGAUUCCCGAAGGAGUUCAUCGUAUGGAGUGUCAUGAUCGCCAUUUCAUGAUAGCUGUUGAUCUCUCCUUCACUGGAGAGGUACCUAGCUUUGAGGCUGUUGAUGGAACAGGCGUGUACCCCAUCACAGAGCAGUAUGCAGCCGAGUGUGGCUACACUCUCCGUGUUCUCCCUCUACAAGGCCAUGUGGAACUCCGAGCCUCUUACUUCGGCUGUCACACUGACAACAAAGAUGAAUUGUUCACUUUCAACUUCAACCUGCUUUUAGUACGUCAUGGAGAGGUGGUCACCUAUACCAUGAGCAAGACCUGUUCACUCUCUCUGCCCUGGUCUCCCAGAGAGAUAAUGUGUGAAGUCAACUACAUGGAAGUAUCUGUGAGGAGUGAAGUCACAUGUCCAUCUGCAACAACGGAAGACUCGAAUGCUUCUCUAAAACCUGCAUAUGCUGCAUCUGCCUCAGACUGGCAGGUUAGGUUUCAGAGAGAGGAGCAGUUGAUUCCCAUGAACCUUUCUGAAGCUCGUAAGCAGGGCUACGUGUUUUCCCUGACCGAAGGAAGGCUUGUAUUUCGUACACCGUAUGGACAACCGGACUCAUUUAGCAAGGAGGUGAAUGGUGUUCCUGUAGAGGUGGUCCAUGCAAUUGUGUUCUCCAGACAAAGCUGGGUUGUCCUCGUGGUUGACCUUGUCGCUGCCUGCUCCAUGUAUGAAGAAGCAUAUGACGGUGGUUACAUAGUAUGGAAAACCCCUGAGCUGCUGCACCCAUUGGUGUCAGAUAUACACGACACACAGGUCAACAUUGGUGUCAAUGGUGAACUUGUGGAGCCGCCAGUGGCAGAGGAGCGAGGCUACGUUAUUGAGAAGCACAAUGCUGCAGUUGAGAUCCACAUCCCUUAUAAUGCCGAAGGAGGACACAAGAAGAGCCUUGUGAUUGGCGACCUGUACGAGUACUACAUCUUUGAACUUUAUUUGGAGCAAAUCUCGGUGGAUGACGAUCACGUUGACACCAGGCUACGCUUUCACAGGACACUUGCCACUCCUCUGCUUCCACAUCCUGUUUUUACUGAGAACCGAACAAUUCAUGAUGAACAUGUGUUCACCGUCUACCUGGGAGAUGUCCCCGAGGAUGUUGAGCUGACUGCUGUGGAGUUGAAUGGACACACAUUCACAGCUCCGUUUACAAGCGGCUACAACGUCGCUAAAGUUGCUCACCCCAACAACACCCAUGGCUACACUCUGACGGUGCCCUUCAAUGACCCUGUUGUGGUACAGCAGUUCUCCAAAGAAGAUGCAGCUCUGAAGCACGUGCUGGUCGUCAACUACACACUGACGGUUCUGCCUGAUAAUGGGCCUUACUACCACCAGACGUCAGUCGUGGCACUAACUGAUGCCUCUCCUCCAGAGUUUGAGGCCGUCUGCUCAGAGUUUGGCAUCGGCUUCAAACUGGACCAUCGGCCUUAUGACUACCUGUGGUACGUUGGUAUCGGUUCAGACCGGCUGACACCAGAGCUGGCAGCUCAGCACAACUACAGCAUGAGCAAUGACAGCCAGAGUUUAUUGCUCGGUGUACCACUCUACACUCAUGGAUAUGAAUACAAGGACAUUUCUUUGAAGGGAUUUCUUGGCACAUUUGAGAUCCUUGUAAGGGAUCAUGAAACAUCACAGGUCCAGAGAUCAAUCAUCAAGACUUGUCCUUUCACUCCCACAGAGUUCAUCAUGUGUUUGACUGACGGCAGCAUGACUGUUGUGGCUGACUUAUCUUCGUCCAUACCACGUGGUGAGAUCCCUGCCAGGAGCAACCUGGUCAACAAAUACUGUGGCCCCAAAGAAGUAGAUGACACCAGGGCUCUCUUCACAUUCCCACUCAACAGCUGUGGAUCCACAGUCAAACUUGGCAAGGACUCUGUGACCUACGAAAAUGAGAUCUUCUUCAGCAAGAAGUUUCAAUCGGAUUCCAGCAACGUUGAAGCAGGGGUCAAACUGCAGUGUACAUAUCUUCUGUCUGGGCUCCAUCGGCUCUUCUCGGUGUACAAGUUUGAGUCUGACACAGUUGGCCUUGGACACAUUGUACAUUCUGCACACUCGAAUGAAGUAGAGCUACAGAAACCCAUGGCGUUCACUGCAGUGCUUCAAACACCGCUGCCUCCUACCAGACGACAGACAAGACCUGCUUUAGGAAAACCUGCUUACCGUCCUAAUCUGUACAAAGUCUUCAAAUUUUUGUUGGCCAAAGGUGGGGAGACUCUGGUCCUGCAGACAACCAGUCAUUUCUGUAAUUGGGUAAGGACAAGACUGAAUGUGCUUCCUACAGACCCAAUGAGUGGCCUUCAGUGGGCAAGGCCUUCUAGGUUAGUUUAGAUUUUUCCUUUAG